UCCACACUGGCCGGCUUUAUUCCGGCCUCUCCCUCGUCCCCUUUUGGGCCACCUUGUCUAAUAACGACGACGGAGCAGAGCCAGAAACUAAGUCUCGGUUUGCCAGGACAGCCCGGCGUCAGCGUUGGCGCUCAGUCAGUCUUCAGCAGUGCUGGUAGCGCCAACGACUCGCCCGAAAGGCUGAAUGGAGGCUACAGCAAUGGCAAUACGGUCUCCAGCUCCACUUCGUCUCCAAGCGGCAGCAGCAUCAACAUCAGCGGCAUUAGCAACGGUGGUGCCUACCACUACUGGAGCAACCCACCUUCUCCUAUCUCCACCAGCCCGACCUCUUCGCUGUUGCCGCCUCCCGCGGCUUGGGCCAACUCGACAAAGUUGGCGAGCAGAGGCGAUGUGCUGCCCGACUCGAUGACCGCCAACCUUCUGGACUACGGCUUGACUGACGCCGCAGACGCUGAAUACACCGAAGGUGCAGAUUGCAACGGCGAUGGAUACGGAGACGACAAAGCCUUGCAUCCCAGGUCGCCUGCCGGCAGACAGUGCAAGGUGGGUAGACAGGCGAGGCGUCUGCCGAGCCCUCUCUGUCCAUCUGAAGACUCAGAAGAGGUGGACGGUCUGCUUUCCGGUCUGCCACCUAGUUGCUAUGUCCUAUGCACUCGUUGGGGAGCAUGGAAAUAUUGGGUGACUGCGUCAAUCCGAUGUACAGUCUUCUAA